CGCUGAAACGUGAUGGCGCUCGUGGCACGCGUGAUGGAACCGAUCGUCGAAACCCGCGCCCUGAUUGGGUCGGCGGUGGAGCAACGGUGGAACGCACUGCUGGACGUCAUCGGUGACGAUCCCGAUUUUCUCUACACGUGGGGACUGACCGUGUAUGUGCACUCGUUUUUCUGGAUCGUCGGCGGGCUGUUUGUGCUGAUGGAUCUGACCAACCGGCCGGUGUUCCUGCGCCGCUACAAGACGCAACCGGGCAAGAAUGAGCCGAUCGCCUGGCCGGAUUUGCUGCGUGUCAUGCGGACCAUCCUCUUCAAUCAAACGGUUGUCGGCAUACCGCUGACGCUUGUCGGCUACCACGCAACAAUCAAGGGCAGCGUGCCGGACGUCCGCACCCUGCCGCCGGUUGACGUGAUCGUGCGCGAUCUGCUGGUGUGUGUGUUUUUUGCCGAGGUCGGGUUCUACUAUGUGCAUCGCUUCCUGCACAUUAAGCCACUGUACCGGCUGGUGCACAAGAAGCACCACGAAUGGACGGCCCCGUUCGCCUGGACCGCGAUGUACUGCCAUCCGAUCGAGCACAUCAUCAGCAACAUGGUGCCGCCAAUGAUCGGCAUACAGCUGAUGAAGGCGCACGUCUUCACUACCGCGAUUUGGUUCCCGCUCGUCAUUUUCAACACGAUACGCGACCAUUGCGGCUAUCAUUUGCCAUUCUUUCCCAGCUCCGAGUACCAUGAUUACCAUCAUGCGAAAUUCACGGAGUGCUUCGGGACGUUCGGGUACCUCGACUGGCUGCACGGGACGGACACCAAGUUUCGGAAGUCGAAGCAACACCAGCGCCACCGGACACUGUGGGGCAUCAAGUCGGCACGGGAGCUGUUCCCGGACAGUUGAGUCUCCCCGCCUUCCGGCAAGAACCACAACCACAUACACAGCACCGUCUGCCCUCUACUCUACACCCAAGUGCCUAGCAAUGAUAAGUAUCGAAUAAAUACGUUUGUAAGCUGAGAUAUCCUGCUGUGAAUAGUAACGUUUCAAUUUCGUUUGAAUUACGGAAACGCAAUGGCGAAAUAGGAAUUUCGCCACAAUUCGGUCGGUGUACCAGC